UUACAAUUUCAGCACAAACUUACCAUCUUUACUUACAACCAGCAGCAAGCUCAACGCUUCUUCUGCUUUUCUUUCCAUUGGCUUCGUUUGACGAAAUAAAAAGAUGACCGACCAGACAAACCCAAACAGUGCCGUUUGGGAUGAUUCCUUGCUGGUAAAGACCUACGACGAGUCUGUGGGACUCCUCCGUGAGACAUUAGCCCGCCGUUUGGCCGAUUCAACCAAUAAGCGUGACGAGGAGCAGGUUUCCGUCCCUGAUGAUGCUGCCGACGACGGAAAAGAACCUGUUCAAAUUGAUCCUGAGCCAUUGGUCUUCAAGGUUGGUGACUACGCUCGUGCCACCUACACCGUGGACGGAUUGGACUACGAAGGAGCUGUGGUCUCUAUAAACGACAAGAACGAAACCUGUAUAAUCCGUUUCCUGGGCUACGAGAACGAACAGGAGGUUCUUCUAAAUGACUUGCUUCCCUCCUGGGGCAAAAACGUGCGUCGCGAGCAAUUCCUCGCCGCCAAAGAGGAGGCAGAGGAGGAACCGCAGCCGGUGCCAAGCCGUUCCAAGGCAGCUUCCUCGUCCACCAAUCCACCGAAGAAGUCGUCUGGAAAGAAAACUGGAGAAGUCAGGGCCUCCGGAUCUGGCGGAAGCGGCAUGGCAGGUCCUGUCAUGCCUCCCAUGCCACUAGUGCCACCAAUGUUCGCUUCUCCGGGGGACGCUGCCGAACAGGACUUUGUAGCUAUGCUGACUGCCUGGUAUAUGUCUGGUUACUACACGGGUCUCUACCAGGGCAAAAAGGAGGCUAAUGCUGCUGCCAAGAAAAAAACUCCAAAGAAGUAAUCUGAAGCUCUCACUCAAAACAUCAUUUGUUUAGACUAAUAGCAUAUAAGUCCAGGAAAUCCCCAUACAUAUAUAAAAAUUGUUCGUUAUAAGAUA